AUGGCUACAAGCUCGUCCACCAACCCUACCCCGGGUCUCGACCAACCCUCGGCUGCUCAGAAGCUACUCCAGAAGCAUGCCGAUCACCAUGCAUUUGUCGAGGAGGUCCCGGAUGAAGAUUUGAAACACGACGUCCCCGCCCAGGCAACUAACGAGAGUGCUGCUGCUCCCUGGGCCGCCAACAUGUCUGCCAAGGCUGCUGGAAAGCAAAAGGCGCAGCCGUCGGCGACGGUCAUCGACACAAAUUCACAGGAGCUCUUUCCAGGCCUUGGCGGCAAGGCUCCUCCCCCGCCCAAGGUCGUCAGCCAGGGCUGGAACAAGCUCGGUAGCUCCAACGGUGCGGCUCCGACCAAUGGCACCUCGCGCGCCUCGACUCCGGCCUCUGUCCCGACCUCGGCCCCGGCCUCGGGCAAGGCCACGCCUACCGGCCCCUCGCUGCACGGCCCGCCCGCCCUCUCAAUCCCGGGUCGCAACGUCGAGACCAUGCUUCUUGAUUCUCAACAUAUUCUGCCCCGUGACAAGCUGAGACGCCCGAUGCCCGACAUCAUCAAGGACAUUAACCGCAAGUCCCGCGCCAAGAUCAGCUUCAGCCCAUCCGCCAACGGUCGGUACAAGUUCGAGGCCACAGGUCCCUCUGAAGUGGCCCAACAAGCUCUCAGAGACCUUGCGCAGCAGAUCGGCACUAAGCAGACCGUCCGAGUCCCCAUCCCUCGAUCAGUCCGGUCACACCUUAUUGGUACCAGGGGAGCCAACAUCAAGAGGAUCCAAGAACUGAGUGGAGCCAGGGUCCAGCUCCCUAAAGACGAAGAGGGCCUCCCCUACCCUACAGACGAGGAUGACGACAGCACGAUCGACGUGACUGUCGAAGGCAACGCUCUCUCCGCAGCCACUGCCUGCGAAGAGAUCAACAAACUUGUUAAUCAGCGGUCUGCGAAUGUCGCCACGAAACUCCGGGACAUUCCUGCCGAGUUCUACCCCUUCCUCGCCAACCCGCGAGACAACUUCCUUCGUGAUCUGAAGGACAGGGGUGUUCAGGUUACUGUCCCAUCUCAUCAAGCCUGGUCGUCGCAACCCCGUGAAGCUCCGCCAGAGGGCCAACGCCCAGUCUUCGCUCCCGCUCCCAAUAGCGCGCCCAUUGAGCUUAGUGGUGAACGUGCUGCUGCACAGGCUGCGCGAGCCGAGAUUGAACGUCGCGUGGAGGAGCUGCGGAGGAAUCUGGAGCUUCAGCAGCUGUCUAUUCCUUCUGGACGCCAACAAUUCAUUAUUGGCGACCGAGGCGUCUCGGUCGAAGACUUCUUCAACGACACUGGCUGCACGAUUGUGAUUCCCACCGACCAGGAAGACGACAUGGUCACAGUCAUCGGUCCCGCGGAUCGGGUUCAAACCGGCCUGGAGCGCGUCAUGGACUUGGCGAUGAACAUGCAGCUCUCCAAUUUUGAUAUCUCACGUUUCCAUCGCCAGGCACCAGGCGGAGCAUCUGCACAUGCCCGCAACGUCACGCGCUACCUGAGACAGCGAGAGGUGAUUAAGCGGCUAGAAAAGGAGUACAACACGUUUAUCAACACGCCUACAAACGAGGAUGGUGCUCUGGCUUGGGAGCUCUACUCCCGAGAGGGCAAGAACGCUAUCCGAGCUCAGACCGAAAUCAAGGGCAUUGUCUCCGGACACCCCCCUUCGAGGAUGGCCACGAUCCCUGUGGAUCAUUUCUACCACAACCAUCUCAGGGACAACAUGAACUCGAGUAUCCGCCAGAACUAUGGUGUUCAGCUCGUCUUCCCCGAGGCAUCAGAGGCCGACGCUCCUCUGCUGCUCGUCUAUGAGGGCCCAUUCUCGGCUGAGUCGCGGUACGAGGUGCCGACGGCUGCGCCUAACCCCGCGGAUGUCCAAUCGUUCGAGCAAGGCCUGCGCGACGCCCGAAACGCCAUCAUGGAGUUCCUCAACCAUCAAGACCAGCUGACCUCUACCACCAUCCAAGUGCCAGUCAAGUUCCACGAUAGGCUGAGAAGAUUCAUCAAGCGCGAGCAAGAACGGCUGCCUGCCGGCCAGCCCGCUGCCAAGGUCAGCAGCAAGGGUGUCGACGUCACAGUUCGUGGUCCGGCGUCUGCAGUUGAAAGCCUUGUCAAGAAGAUCAACGCCUUUAUGGAGCAGGAGAAGGAAGACGAGAAGGAGCGAGGCUUGAUCACCGCUUUCGACUUUCCCCAACAGUUCGCCAAUCAUCUGAUUGGCAAGGGAGGCAGCAACAUUCGCGAGCUCCGUGAGAAGUUUGACGUUGACAUCAACGUUCAGGAUGGAAAGGUUGAGCUCAAGGGCCCACAAGCCAAGGCCGACGCCGCGAAGGCACACAUCCUUGCCAUGGGACGCCAGCUUGCAGACGAGGCGACCCACGUCCUAAACAUCGAUCCUAGGUUCCACAGGGAGCUCAUCGGCGCCCAAGGUAGCCAGAUCAACCGUCUCCAAGACCGAUACAAGGUCCACAUCUUCUUCCCGCGCUCAGCAAGGAGCACCAAGGACGACGAGUCUAAUGCCGAUGCUGCCAGUGAUGCUGGCAAGCCCCGUCGCCAGCAAGCUCCAAACGAGGUCAUCAUUCGCGGCCCCAAGAAGGGCGCCGACGAAGCUCGGGAUGAGCUCCUGACUCUGUUCCAGUAUCUCCAGGACAACUCUUUCACGGCCACCGUUGCCUUGCAGCAAAAGCAACUGCCCAUGCUGAUCGGGCAAGGCGGUUCUGCUAUGGAGGCUGUCCGACAGCAGACGGGUGCCAAGAUCGACAUCCCCAACGGCCGUGACUCUCCUGAUACUAUGGUCGAUAUCCAAAUCAAGGGAACAAGGGACCAAGUCGCUGCUGCGAAGCAGGUCCUUGAGGAGAAGAAGGCUAUCUUCGAUGACACUAUUACCCGCACCAUUGAUGUCGACAGGAAGCAUCACCGAACCCUGAUUGGCGCCGGAGGUGCUGGUGUUCGAGAUAUGGUUCUCAAAGCUGGCGGAUCCGACGAUCGCAAAGAGUUUGCUCGCACCAUCCAAUUCCCCAAGCAGGACUCAGAUGGCAACACCAUCAAGGUCGAGGGCCGCAAGAACAUUGUCGACGACAUCAUCGCUCAGAUCGAGGCCUUCGUGGCCCAGCGCGAGAACCAGGUCACGGAGGUGAUCGAUGUUGCCACCGACAAGCACCGGUCUCUCAUCGGCCGGGGCGGUGAUGUGAAGAAGCAGAUGGAGUCGGACUUCCACGUCUCGAUCGACAUCCCCCGUCAGGGUAGCGGCCAGACCGGCGUCAAGAUCACUGGCCAGCCUGGCGAUGUCGAGAAGGCCAAGGCUCGCAUCCAGUCGGUGGUCAGGGAGCAGCAGGGCGAGACAGUCCAAGUGCCCCGCAAACUUCACCACGCCAUCUCGAACAACGGGCAGUUCUUCCGCAGACUCAAGGGCGACCACCAGGUCACUGUCGACCACGCAGGUCAGAGCGUGCCCGCUCGCCCCGCGCCGUCCUCGGGCGCGGCCAAUGGCGGUGCGCUGCCGCUCAUCACCGACGACGCCGAGGCCACCGCCGACGCGCACUCGUGGCAGCUCGCGGACCUGGGCUCGGGCGAGGACGGCGACAUCCCCUGGGUCCUGCGCGGCUCGCCCGAGAACGUCGAGAAGGCCAAGAAGGCCCUCGAGGGCGCGCUGGAGCAGGCCCGCCGGAACGACACGGUCGGCUACCUGGUCCUGAGCGACCCGCGCACCUACCGCUACGUCAUCGGCCAGGGCGGCAAGAAGGUCGAGUCGAUCCGCAAGCAGAGCGGCUGCAAGGUCACCGUGCCGCGCAACAACGACGAGGCCAUCGAGGUCAUCGGCUCCAAGGACGGCGUCGAGAAGGCCAAGGGCCUGAUCCUGGCGGCCGUGCGCGAGGGCGUCAAGGGCAGCGCCGCUCGCGACUAG